AUGUCUACUUCAUUCUCAUCCCUUCCUAUCAUUUCUCUCUCUUCAUUGUCUAAAGCCUCAUGCGACGAAGCAGAACUAUUGAGACUCUCAGCUGAAUUAGAUCAUGUAUUCUCCACGACCGGCUUUGCAUAUUUGACUGAUCUUCCUCUCACUUAUACCCAUGAGGAUGUGUUUGGAAUUUGUGAUGAAUUCUUUGGACCAAAUGGAGUUUCUACCGAAGAGAAAAUGAAACUGGCUAAAAGAACAUUCGUUCCGGGAAAUAAAAAUACAUAUCGAGGUUAUUUCCCCCCUCAACAGGGCUCCGAUAACCUCAAGGAAGGGUUCGAGCUCGGCACACCUUCAACACUCCCAUCUUCAAGCUCUCCUAACCCUAAGUUCAAUCUCACAGAACCAAACGUAUUCCCAUCUUCUCAGAGCUUCCGCACCAAAUGUGAAACUCUUCACACAGAACUCCAAAACCUCUCAACAAAACUCCUUUCGCUUCUCGCGGUCAGUCUCGGAAAGCCAUCUACCUUCUUUGAAAACUACCUCACAAACUCCCUCAGCACUCUCCGACUCCUGCAUUAUCCGCCUGUUCCUGCGUCUCGUCAACAGGAGCUCAUCUGUACACCACACACCGACUCUGGUAUUCUGACUUUACUGCAUCAAGACUCGACAGGCGGGUUGGAAGUGCUGAAUUCUAAAAAUGAAUGGAUACCAGCGCCAUAUGUACCUGGGAGUGUAGUCGUCAACAUUGGAGAUUUGAUGGCGAAGGUCAGUGGUGGGAGAUGGGUUGCUACGUUGCAUAGAGUCAGAGCCGCCAAACGAAAUGCGGAUCAGGUGAAGGGAAGGCAUUCGGUGCCAUUCUUUUUUGAACCGGGAGCUGAGUGUGUUGUCAGAAGUUUGGAUGGCGAGGAGGUCAUUUAUGGAAAACACGUGGUGGAGAAGAUGAGUGGGUGGGUUGAGUUCCAGGAUGUUAUUGAGGAGGAAGAAAGUGGCCUGAGAGGAGUACCGAAAGCUGUUGAAGUCUACUAG